AUGCAAUGUGGCCCUAAACAACAAGCAAGGCGGUUGGAAGAAUUUGGAGACGAGGUAGCUGAAGAAGAAGAAGAAGAGGAUGAAGGUGACGAAGAGGAUGAGGCUGAAGAAGAAGAAGAGGGUGAAGCUGAAGAAGAACAAGAGGGUGAUGAUGCAGGUGAGGUGCCCAAUGCAUGUCUGGUUGUAGAUGAGCGUUUAGGGACAAUUGAGGCCAGUAUAUCUGAGCUUAAGAAGGACCAAGACUAUCUGAAGCGUAAGAUGAAGAGGAACUCCGGCAAGAAUCUAGACUACACCAGAUCUGCCCAACUCGCAUGGCAAGCUCCAGCGAGUUCCAGCCGAGUUCAGGACAAGGGUGCUCCUCCACCAUGGCCAGAUUCAGAUGACUAA